AUAGAGCGUAAAACAACGAAUUACUAAGAGGUAUUUGAUAUUUUUAUUUCUAUUAAACUUAUGGUACGGUACUGUUAUAACAAAAUAUACAGCUUUACACAGAUAAGACCACCGAUGAUCUGAAAGUUUGAACUGGUCACUUGACUGUCACUUAAAAUGGCAGAGUGACGCGGUUAUUUGUAUACAUUGAUUUAAAAUCAAAUUAUUUGGGUUAAAACAGGUGAAAUAAUUUAUGAUAGGUCGUACAGUCUCAUAACUACAUACGUGCGAUGAUUUAAUAGCGUUUUUACGAGAUGGAAAAAAAUAUUGUAAUUCGGACCAUACAGUUUUAAUGGAUAAAACAUCGUAGAUAUAUCUAAAUCUCGAGUUGAAGGCCACGGCAAGACAUCGUUUUCUUCUCAUGUAUAGAAGCUUAUAGACUGUCAGGAUAACACUAAUUCUUACUUUUUGCUGUGUCACGAUCUGAAGAUCAACAGGGAGAAAAUCAAUUUUGAUUCGUUGGACUGUUUUUGAUAUAUUGUGUUUUAUUUUUCCUAACAAUUUCUCUUUUUUUGCAAGGAAGUCUCCAAAUUUUAUCUUGGCAUUUAAAAAUUAAAACAUGGAAUGGCUAAGACUGAAGGUUCAAACAUGGAUGACCGUGAUUAAAUUUUCACGUGCCUAAAAUAACAACCGUGGAAUAACCUUGAUUGUAACAUGAAAUGUUCAAGGCUGAAUAUUAUGAUUGGAUGCGGCUCGUCGAAAUUUUUUCACUCAUAAUGAGAUGUCACCAGCUGUAGGUGAAGUACCACAAAUUUAGACCUAUACUUAGCGUUCAGGGCCGUCGAAGUGAAGGUUCUUUAUCUUGCCAACGCCUGUCAGGACACGGAACCUCAGUUUUUAACGUCAUAUCCAAAAAACCUGCUAUCCCCACUUCUUAAUACCGAGCGUUUGGUGAAGGAGCAAUCGCUAGCUGCAUUUUUUAGGUUUGACGCGGCCAUGGCACGAGCGGGGCUUGAUUGUUUGCUGUUUUCCGUCACACUCAACAAUUUUUCAGUUAUCUAGUGGCGCCCAGUUUGUAUUGGUAGAAGAGACAACCCAGAUACAACGCACCUGGGAAAAGACCAGCAGCCUUCCGAAAGUAAACUGGGAAACUUUUGCACUUACCGGCGCGAGCGGGAUUCGAACCCGCGCCGACCAGAGGUGAAAGGCCGUGUGGUUUUGAGCGCGAUUAUCUAACCACUCGGUCCCCAGGCUUGAAGUUACCUCCCAGUUACAAAGAGAACACUAUGAACAAUAAAAUACAUCUUUACAGACGAUGGCAUGGGAGGGGAGGAUUGUCACUUUUCAUACAGAGCCAUGUGUUGUGGAGUUGUAAUAUAUCCCUUGUAGAGUAUCUUCUUUCCACCUAGUUUGGAAUCUCUCAUUGAUAUGGUGUGGUAUAGAAAAGUAUAUGCAUUAUUUUCUCUUUAGAUAUGUAACCCGAGUGAGUAAUCAAUUGUCGUUUUCACUGUAUGUAUAUGUGUGUGUUCGUUUCGUUUCUGUGUGCUUGUUGAGGUUUUAAUUCUAUGUACGUCUUCUUCCUUCAUCACCCUCUUCUUCCAGAAUGAAGUCGAUUCGUAUUUUAAUAAGUGUUUGAUACUCCAGUGCGUGGUGAGCGGACAGCUAAAAUUCCUUUUAAGACUUAUUUACAGUUUUGAGAUAAAACAGAGUAAGUAGUUUUGCGAAGAAAAGCGGAGUUGUCGAUGGUGUGCACCACGUUCCGGAAGCUCUUGAGAGAUACAAGUGCCCUUACCGCUGACGACAUGGAGUUCCGCGUUCUGAUGGUGGCUGGUAGGAAUGUAUGUUUAUAUACAACGAUCCUGAUGCUGCCUUGUCUGAUGUUAACGGAGCAGCCACGUGUCAUGUUGGUGGUGUAAUGAACAAGGUGAUGCACAGGAACCUCUACUAAGUGGUGUGUGAUCUUGUAGAGCAUUUAUGACUCUUUUCUGUCUCUUUUGUAUUCAAUUGGCUCCCAUCCCAGCUGAUUUAGCAAGCUGGUUACACAUCCGGGGUCUCUGGAGGACUAGUUUUCAGUGGUAAAUCUAGCUGCAUGCAGCACAUUUUCCAGCUGUUGGAUACAUUGUUGAUAGUAAGGGUCCCAGGUGUUUAAGGCAUAUUCAAGGAUAGGUCUAACAAGAGUGGUAUAUGUCUUGACAUCAUGUGGGUAGCUCUUCAGGUUGCGUCACAGAAAUCCAACAGAUCUGGCGGCUGUGGCGGAUGUCCGACUAAUGUGGUCUUGCCAUGACAGCUCUUGGUUGAUGUGGAUACCCGGAUAUUUGCAGCCGGGAACACCCUCUAAAGUAUGACCGGAGAGAUGGAAACAGCACUGCCGUAGAAUAACUAGAUGAAAACCUGCAUAUGCUACUGCUGUCAUUGUGAGGAAACAUCCCUGCGUUGCAAGUUUGCAACAGUCUAUAAAGCAAAAGAUUUGAAAACUGGAAAUAUUGUGGCAGUGAAAAAGAUUAAAGUGGGCACUAGAGCUGAAGCUGCUGAUGGCAUAAACAGAACUGCAUUACGGGAAAUCAAACUACUGCAAGAUCUACAUCACAAACACAUUAUAGGGCUUCAAGAUGUAUUUGGACUGGGGCAUCGUUCAAAUGUCAAUUUGGUGUUUGAUUUUAUGGAAACUGAUUUGGAGAUUAUCAUAAAGGACCAAACCAUUGUUAUGACCCCAGGUCAUGUGAAAUCUUAUGUUCUACAGACACUCAAAGGACUGGAAUAUCUCCAUAUGCAUUUUAUCUUGCAUAGGGAUUUGAAGCCAAACAAUUUACUUGUCAAUGACAAAGGGAUUUUAAAGAUAGGAGAUUUCGGAUUGGCCAAAUUCUUUGGGUCACCAACAAGGAUAUAUACACAUCAAGUAGUGACCAGAUGGUACAGGUGCCCAGAGCUUUUGUUUGGUGCUCGGCAGUAUGGAACAGGGGUGGACAUAUGGGCAGUAGGAUGUAUUCUGGCCGAAUUGUUACUGAGGGUACCAUUUCUGCCUGGCGAUUCAGAUUUGGACCAGCUGAGCAGAAUAUUUCAAGUACUUGGUACACCAACUGAGAAAGACUGGCCAAAUAUCAAAGCCUUACCAGACUUUAUCCAGUUUAAGUCAUUCCCAGGAACUACUCUUAAAGAGAUAUUUAUAGCAGCAUCAGAUGACCUACUUGAAGUGCUAUCAGACAUGCUGAAAAUGGAUCCUUUACAACGCUGUACGUCUACACAAGCUUUGAAGAUGGCAUACUUCAGCAACAAACCUGGUCCCACCCCUGGACCACAGUUACCUAGGCCUGGCAGUAAUAAAAUUGUUUCUCAGAAGGAGGAAAACUUGUCACUGAAAAGGAAAAUACAAGCUCAAGGAGGUGGUCUUAUAAAAAGGUUACAGUUUUAGUAUGAUCUGAUGAAGAGUCACUGGGAAUACUUACAGUUAGCCUCAAAGAGUGACCAUUUCAUUGAGUAGGAAAAUCUUGCUGCUAGAAUUGUUCAAAGACUCUGGAAGGUUAUUUAUGCAAUAUUAUUAUGGAGUCAAAUUGUAUGUGAACUGUCUAUUUAGACUGAACUUCCCUUGUGUAAUGAUACAACAGUUUUGAACUCAGGAAUUCAUAUAAACUGCCAUUGUUUUGUCAAAGUUGCAUUUUAGUAUGACAGCAUGUAUGAUGAUAACAAUAUUUGCUGAUGGUGCUGUGUGAGUGCUUAGUGGUACACUGUGUGAUUGCAUUUGAGUGAUUGUCUGAAUUGUAGUGUGAGAAAUAUGGUGCACAUGAUAAGUUGUUUUUGUUAUUGAGUCCACAAUGACCUGGUCAUUAUGCUGUGAUGUCAUGUUUUGUCUGCCAAGCAGAGUGUUGUUGUGUUUAUUUAUAGUAAUGACAGCAGAACAACUUUGUUGUACAUAACAGCUUUGAAUCCAUACAUAUACCAUGGUUUGAACACACAAUGACAAUUGUUUUUCUAUGUUUAAAGCAUUUCACAGGCACAUUUUCUAGAACUGUACAAGCACUUCCCAAGAUUGUUUCCAAGGAGUUACUCAACAAGUUCACUUGUUUUUGAUAUCAUAUUGAAAGGAUGUAAUACUGGUACUCCUUUUUAAUUUUGAUAAAAUUCAUCUACAUUUUUCACUUCAGAGCACUUGAAAAAGAAUUUUUUUAAGCAUUUAUCUAGGACUUUAUUCAUUUUCUUCAUUCAAGUACUUUUAAAAUACAUGCCUAAAAUUCAAGCACUUUCAAGGUAUGUACAAAACCUGUAUACAUUAUUGCUCUAGUGAUUUAAAAUAUUGAAUUUUUAUUUUUUUUUAGAAGACUUUAACUGAAAUACAUUUUGUUCAAGUACAAGAUAUUUUUUCAGGUUUAAAUCAUCAUAUACAUUUACAUUUAUCUAGUUUCAUUUCAGGAAAAUAUGUGAAAAGGCUUUUAAAACUUCUUCAAUAAUCUUGAAUGGUUUUGCACUGAAAUGAACAUUGAUUGAUAUUUUACCUGGUACAUGUACUACAAGUACAAGUGUCAAAUAAAAAAAACCUUUUAAAACCUUGA